ACACAAUGGUAUACGAGCAACCAGUUGGAGCAGGAGAAAUGGCCAGGAAUUGAGAUCUAAAUGACUUUGCAAAAUACCACAGGACACCUUCAAUCCAUAACUCGGCGGUCAGUGCUGUUUUGGCAGUGCAAAGAGGACCAACAGCAUAUUGGACACAGAAGACAUGGGCUACUGCUGCUGCAGAGGAAGGAGUUGCUGCUACAGGAGACUAUCAUCAAACAGGAAAUAAAGAUAUGUGGGUUGAAACCACAACUGGUGCUGAAUGGAUUAUCAAAGACCAGUGUAUAUGUGCACACAGAUACUGGAAACCCUAUUGAGGGUCUAUUUGGUCAUGAUCUGUGUAGCUAACUGUAUUUUUGUAUGCUAACUAUAUAUACUGGACUCUGUUCUUGAUGGCACCACUGCUUAGACACUUGUGUCUUUUGUGUGGUAGAUCCAGCAGUAUGAGAUGAAGGGGGAGAAGAGAGGAGUCUGUCUGAUCAUCAACAACUGUGACUUUGACAACUGUGGACUACGGAACAGAGACGGAACAGACAUUGACAAAAAAAGUCUGGAGGUUGUGUUCCAGUGGUUGGGCUUUGAGGUCCUGACUGAACGGAACUGUGAUCGCCAUCAGAUUCUGCAGGUGCUGAGGGACCUGGCUGCUCGUGACCACACGUCAGCGGAUUGCGUGGUGUGCUGUGUGCUGAGCCACGGAAAAAUAAAAGGCAUUGUCGGGGUUGAUGGACAGAUUGUCACCUAUAGGGAGCUGAUAGAGACCCUGAGUCCAAGUCAAUGUCCCACUCUCUUCGAAAAACCCAAACUGUUCUUCAUUCAGGCCUGUAGGGGUACCGACGAUCAGCCAGCAGCAUUUCCUCAAAUUUUCCCAGAUGAUGAAGUCAUGCCAGUCAGCGAUUCAGCUGUACCCAGAGACUCCAUACCUAAGAUGGCAGACUACCUAUUAGCCAUGUCCACUGUACCGCAUUACGUCUCAUACAGGGAAAAAGACCAUGGAACCUGGUUUAUACAGUCCCUCUGCCACAACUUGAAACUGCUGGUGCCAAGGGGUGUCGAUCUACUCUCCAUUCUGACGCAGGUGAAUAGCGAUUGGAGCAAAAAGACGGACAAAAGCGGUUUGAGGAAGCAGAUGCCACAGCCAGAGUUCACCCUCACCAAGAGAAAACUCGCACGCCCCUUCCAUAAUGUCCUGCUACAGUUCAUGAUACCUCUCAAACACAUCAGCAUGGACAGACACACAGAUGUUCAUCAGCAAUGUUUACAUGACCUGUGAUGUGAUGAUUAUGUGAUGAUUGUAAAUCAUCUUCCGUAACAAACAGAAUAUUUUAGAUGUUUUAUGUAAUAAACAGUGUAAGAAACUAUAGUCUGCUCCGGCCCAGCUUCCACUCCACAAUAUGUUUUAUCAUGCCAACAGUUAUGUUGUUUGUAGACCAUUUGGGAUGAUCACAUCCUGAGCAAAUGGUGACCAAUUAAUAAACACUGAGAAACAAAGGGGUGUCAGAAGUUAAUUAACAUACAGACUACAGCUGUAAGGACAGGAGCAACUCCAUUUACAUGAAGGGUAGUAAACUCUAAGUGUAUAAAUUGUUUGAGCUUUGGAUGUUGGUGGUUCCUUCCGACUCUGCUGAACCCAAGGUACUACAUGUACUUUGUCACUGCUAUGCUGCAAUAAACAUCUUCUUCGAGAUCUUCAA